CAGGCUGGGCUACGCAGAGAGACUCGUAGAGCGGAUCGGUUCUGCUUCUGAGAACCCCCGUUCUCUGGUAAAAUUACACUGUUUACUUGAAAGGACAUAGCAGUUCUUCAGCCGUGUGUUCAGGGAAGCGAGUAUGGUGUUCCCUGACUUCCCACUGGCCAGCACUUGCGUCCCGAAAAUAUCCAGAGACAAAAGUAUUAGCAAGGCCCCAAACCCGGUGUCCUUGUUCAAGAUUGGAUUAAACCAGGAUCCUAAUCCGAAUUUCGUGACCACGAAGAACUUUAAUCCUUUCUGUUCCCAUUUCUCAAUCACCUCCAAAAUUAUUUGUGCCCUAAAUCAUAAUCUGGUGCUUUGCUGCUAUAAAAUUAUGUCUGUUUCUGACAUGUCAAGCUGUCUAUGUUGCAGAAUUUUUUGUGUUACACCUGUAAGGAGUAUGUAGAAGACCUGGCAAAAGUCCCCAAGGCGUUUUUACAAGAAGCAAAUGUGAGGCUUAUAGUUAUUGGACAGUCAUCUUAUCACCACAUCAAGACCUUUUGCAGUUUGACUGGGUAUACACACGAAAUGUAUGUAGAUCCACAAAGGGAAAUUUAUAAAAUAUUUGGCAUGAAAAGAGGUGAAGGUAAUAAUGUAUCAGUGCGGAGCCCUCAUGUGAAAUCAAACAUGCUCCUGGGAAGCAUUAAGAGUGUGUGGAGAGCGAUGACUGGCCCAGCUUUUGAUUUUCAAGGAGAUCCCGCUCAGCAGGGAGGAACUUUGAUUUUAGGCCCAGGCAAUGAAGUUCAUUUUUUGCACCUUGAUAAAAACAGGCUGGAUCAUGUGCCCAUUAACACAGUUUUGCAGCUGGCAGGAGUUAAGCCAGUAAAUUUCACAAGCAAACCCCAGAUUAUUGACAUAUGACACUGACACAGCAGAAUUUUUUUUUACUUGUGCUUUGCAAGAACAAUUCUCCAGUGAAUUCCCACCGGCAUUGGUACUGUUGUGUCUUUAUGGGACAUAUGAAACUUUAUCUAGAAAAUAAGAGCACAGAAUAAACUACACAGCACUGAAGAUGGACAUGAAAUUGCUGUUUCCAUUGUGUAUCACAAAAACUAAAACACAACUGAGGCUUAAUGCAAAAUUAUGUUGCUUAUUAUUUCCUCAUCACACAAUCUUGCUAAUAUAUUUUAAAAAUCUUUGUUCAAGACGCACUAAACUAAAAAAGUCUGUUUUUUCUCAGGAAGAAUUUGGGAUUUUUGCCUUCAGCUGAUCACACUGACUUUCAAUCCAGUACUUCUCAGCACUGGUUUAAAGCUUAUGGAACCGUGUGACAUUCUUGUAUUAAGUAUACCUUGAAAAAACAGAGUUUUGAACACUGGGACUUCAGCUUAUGCCUACUUUUGCAUGUGGGACUGGCAGACAUUCUGGAAUGCAUUUUAUGGUUUUAAAUAAAUAUUUUAAAUACAUCAUCCGUUGUCUGCAAUUACUCUGUGUAAUACAUAAAGGUAGGUCUGUAAGGCCAAGAAGACAUGUGUCUUAAACAUAUUUCUGAUCAGAUUGUCAGUUUUGGAGUAGGCCAUAGUCAAUUACUUUUCCUAUGAAGAUCUGCAGCAGAAUAUUCUCCCUUGUAUGCAUAUACUUUAUCUCAAGAGCAAGACAUCUCUUAAAAAAUGUCCUUAGUUGUUUCUGUCCUAGACAAAGGAGCUAAGGAAAACAGCAUUUUGGUUUGAAGUUCUGUCAGAUUGCAUAUUACCUAUUUUUCUAGAAAUGUUUAUGUUCAGAAUCUUGCUUUCAUUAAAGUAGAUGUGUCGUCUUUCAUCUAUGAGUCACUUCUUUUUAGCAAUUUUAAAAUAAGAUUGUCCAAGAUUUUAUGGAGGAGCAUAUUCUCCUCUGCAGUUUCUGAUCUGGCCU